GUCUCUUUUAUUUGUGCAUAGGGUUAAAUAUAAGAUUAAACAUCAAAUCAAUGCAGAAGGCCUGUGUGUUUUCGGCUCUGUGUGCAUAGAGCAGUGAAACAGUCAAAUUUGUAUGCAGGACGCUUUGCUGGGGUCCUGCUCAGCCAUGGUUACAUCUUGGCAUGGCAGACCAAAGGACUUAUUAGUCCAACUCCUUUAACUUCAACUCAAACACACACUCACUCACACAUACACACACACACACACACACAGGUGCACGCACGCACACGCACGCACACACUCAACCAGGUACAAGUGCGUUAUGCUCCACUGGAAAGUAUCUAUCUUGCGACGAAAUCUGUUUUGUCACUCCGAUGCACCAUUCUUGGUCAUUCCAGUCAGUAGCUAAUUAUUCUGUGAAGUGAGUCCCUGGCGCCCCUCAGAUCACAUAGCACUGCAGCUGCCCGGCUGUACAGCAGACCAACUGCAAGAGCUAUAAUAGGAAGGAGAGGUAGGGUUGCGCAGCUGACGAUGCUGAUUCCGAGGAGCCAGAGCUCUGCAGUCCUAUUUAAGUCACUGCCCUGAUCCUAAAGGCUUAUAAGCAAAAUGUCGCCUCUUUAAAACACCACACAGUCUGUAUUUAACAUGAUGAACAUGUGCUGAUCGGUGUUGGCACAGAGUAUAUACUGAACAUUUAAACACUAUCAUGUGUUUUAUAUGCAUAUAGUCUAGCCUAUAGUCGUUGAGGUGUUUUUCACUGGGUUAUAUUGUAAAAUCAGUGUUGCCAAGUAAACUACACGAGUGAUACUGAUUAUUAAAUUGAACAAUAUACAGUGGUAUACUUUACCAUAUAAAGUCCUGUCUUCUUAGUCACAUUUCCAUGUCAAAGCCCACACAGUGUUCCUAAGGCCAAACUGUCAAAGUGCAUGCUUACAUCAUGCAGGCUUAACUAAAACUUCUGCAUAAUCAGUGAUGAACAUUACAAACAGUGGUUCAAUAAACCUCAGCAAACCCUUUAACGAUCUUGCUCACAUUUUCAUAAUGGUCUGCCAUGUAUUGUUUUUUUUCAUACUCAUAGUUUUUGCCUCCAGUAAGGUCUAAUGUGUGUGUGGCAGGUCUCUUUUCAACCCGUUAGGCUUCCUGUGCAUAGAUUGACCAUGGGGAUCAAGGCUGCCCUCCCCAGAUAUGAGCUCUAUCUCUACACAGCUGUACUCUCUGUGGCCUUGAUAUGGGCAGGCAGUUGGAUAUUUGAAGCUUCAAGCGAGAAUGUAAACAGAAAGGCCUUCAAAGCAAGUGUGAAACCAGGAUGGCAUUACUUUGGCAGGAAAAUGGAUGUUGCAGACUUCGAAUGGAUGAUGUGGUUCUCUACAUUCCGCAAUCAUAUCCUUUUUGCUCUCACCGGUCACGUGAUCUUUGCCAAGAUAUUCACCCUGCUCGCUCCAAAGAUUGGUAUAGAUGGAUGUAAGCACAGAUCCUUGAUCUUUGGUGUGUACGGUGGUUUGGCAGUCCUGGUCACGAUGGGCUGGACCUUCAUUGCUCUGGUUCUGUCUCACUGCAUCAUACUCUACAGCGUUGCCAUGGUCAAGAAGAAGUGGGCAUGUUUUGCAGCGGGUCUGGCCACGCUUGCCUCAAUCAAGCUGGAGCCUUAUAACUCCUGGCAGGAAUCCUUGGUGACGGGCUCUUUUGACCUGCAAGACAUCUUGUUCUACGGAGGCUGCGGCUUCAGCAUCAUGCGCUGUAUGAGCUUUGCCUUAGAGAACUGUGAGAAGGAGGACGGCAACUACACGUUCUCUGACCUGCUGAAAUACAACUUCUACCUCCCCUUCUUCUUCUUUGGACCUAUCAUGACUUUCGACAAGUAUCAUGCUGAGGCCAACAACACCAAACUGACCCGUAAGGAGAGGGAGAUGUGGAACAUCACCACCAAAGCCUUGUUGCACCUGGGAGUUAUUCUGGUGGUGGACGUCUUCUUCCACUAUCUGUACAUCUUGACAAUCCCCAAUGACAUGAAGCUUGUCACCAAGCUGUCUGACUGGUGUUUGGGUGGUCUUGCUUAUUCCAACCUGGUGUACGACUGGGUGAAAGCAGCUGUGAUGUUUGGCGUCAUCAACACUGUGGCUACACUGGACCACCUGGACCCUCCUCAGCCGCCCAAGUGUAUCACCAUGCUCUACGUCUUCUCUGAGACGCACUUUGAUAGAGGCAUCAAUGACUGGCUGUGCAAGUAUGUUUAUGACUACAUCGGUGGGGAUCAUGAUAAAAUAUUCAAGGAGCUCCUGGCGACUCUCUGCACCUUCGCAAUCACCACUCUGUGGCUGGGCCCAUGUGAGCUGGUUUACAUCUGGUCCUUUUUCAACUGCUUCGGCCUGAACUUUGAGCUGUGGGUGGCCAAGCUCUUCUCUUUUCCACCAUUUUCUACCAUAGAGGGUGCUAUGGGUGAAGCCAUGUCACGCAGGAUCCGUGGUGUGUUCAAUGCCGCCAACUUCUGGGCUAUCAUCCUCUACAACGUUCUCUCUCUCAACAGUUUGGAGUUUGCCAAACUGGUGGGAAGAAGACUGAUUUUCAAAGGAUUUCCUCUGUCCACCCUCUCAGUGUUACUGGUGACCUACUGUGGUGUGCAGCUGGUGAAGGAAAGGGAGCGACAACAGGCCCUGCUUGAGGACGCGGAGCCAGUGAAGCCAGUAGAUGGUGGCAAAGAAAAAGCAGAAUAAGCAGACAGAAAAGAAAAAAAAACAAAGUCAGUUUCACGAACUUCAUGGUCAACACACUCACUCUGCUCCAUCGUCGGCCUGAACCGCCUGGACUGUAAGAGCCAGUCACCACCUAUAUUGUUCACAUGCCUGUGUUCUUGCUUUCGUUUGUCAGAAGCGAGGCAAUGUUUUGAACUGUGAAAUAUCCUCAAGUGCACUUGCUGUAGAUAAUCGCCACGUCCUUAGGCACAAACCCACCGAUGAUGUAUUUUGUAUUUGUAUAUUAUCUGAACCAGAGAUUGUUUAGCAAAUGAAGAGCCUGCCAAAUAUUUUAUGAUGUUAUACCUAAUAGUAUAUUUAGUAGCAUACAGUAUUGUAAAGGAACGACUACUUUGCUCUGUGUGGUUGUCUCCUGUGUUCAUUUUUGAUUUUUCCUCAAAUUUGGACAUUCUUCCUUUCUUUUUAACCAUCAUGAUUUUUAUUAUUUUUAGUCAGAUGGUGUCUUAAUUUUGCAUCAGACACCUUGGAACCUAAUCAUCACAAUAUCUGAAAGGGUUAAAACUUGAAAAAAACUUGAAAUCAGGGAGCCACAUAUGGAGUGCAAUGAAAAAAAACUAAACAAAGGGUGCUGUGGAGACUCCACAUUGCUUGCAGCUGAUUGUGAUAUACUGUAUAUUUGCUCUACUGUCAUUGAGCAAAAACACAAGUCACAAUGUAUUGAAUAGUCUGUUGUUAGUGUUGAUUGAGAAUGUGUUAGAUCUAUUAUAAUGUUAAAAAAUCGAUUGUAGUUCAAACAGAGAGCCGUCCACACUUGAAAAACAGAGAAUGACUGCUUUACUCCACUACCACAUUGUCCACAGGAGAUUACAGUAGGUGUGACAUUUCAGCAUAUCUUUCCCCCACCCUCUCUCACAUGAUCCAGGCUGUGAGCAUACCGAGAUGAGACCGAGGCCCUCAGUUGGCUAUGAAAGGCAAUAGGCCCAGCAGGGAAUAUGGGUCAGUCUUAUCCUGCCUGUCACUGAAACCUGCUGUGUGGCGUCAGUGUAGCAGGCAGCUGGAGAAUGUUUAUGCGGACUGUAAUGCCUUCUCUCAAUGUAGGGUUUUUAUUCAAAAGUGUUUAUUUCAAUGGUUUGACUUGAAAUAAA